AUGGCAAAAAUCCUCACAAACAUGAUCACCAAUUUCGCAAAAACUGGUGACCCUUCAACAACACGAUUUAAAUGGCCACCGUUCGGCGGCAACAAAUCAACCGAGCAUGUCUCCAUCAACCUCCCACCGAAGAUUAUCCAAGGGGAACUUCACUGGCCUCAUCCUAAAUUCUGGAAUGUUGAGGCAGAGCUGAUUAGUCGACACGCCGCUCGUCCCUCACGAAGCCGAGAAGCUGAGCGCGUAUCGACGAGCGUGGUGGGCGUUAUGGUUGCUGGUGGCAGUGCUAGCGAUCGUAGUCUGGGGUAUCGUCAUAUUAUGCGGUCGUCUCAAAGGCCAGCAGUCCCCGAAACAAGCCCUACGAUAACAUCGUCAUCACGCGAUGACCCCUUGUCAUGA